AUGGGGGACACGAUAGCUAACAACUCUGAGCUACUGUCCAUGUCUAGGAGAAGCACUAAGCGUACGAAGAAUGGAGACAAAAUACUGACGGAAGUAAGGAUGCUAGAAGUUCUGAAGGAGUAUCAAGCUGGAUCUCCAGGGAUUGAAAAACAGAGAUCGUUUGCAGAUGUAAUGGGGGUGGAGAAUGGUGUUUCUGGUGAUGCCAUACCCUGGUUACUUGAGGAAGAAGAGCUAGAUCUGGAUCCUCUUGACCUAGGAUUGGGAGAGAUCACGGAAUGGGGAUUUCAAACAGUUGUAAGGGAGGACGGAUCCUUGGAAAUAAGGAGCAACAAGGAAGCUCGAGCAAGGAUGCGUCAACGAUGGAAGAAUGCCCUGAUUGUUAAGCUUUUGGGGAAGAAGAUUGGGGUCAGAUUCAUGAAAAAAAGGCUCGAGUCGUUGUGGGCUAAGGCUGGAAGCAUAACAGUGGCGGACCUGGGGAAUGAGUUUUUUUCAGUGAGGUUCAGCAACUUGGAAGACUUAAACCUAGCCAUUACGGGUGGUCCUUGGGUUAUUCUUGGCCAUUACCUUGCAACUAGGAAAUGUGAGCCUUGUUUCGAUCCGGAGAAAGCCAAUAUUCACAAGGUAGUCGCAUGGAUCUGCUUACCAGGUAUACCACAAGAAUAUUGUGAAUUUCCGUUUCUUAAUCAUCUGGGAACAGAGAUAGGAAAAGUUCUAAAAGUGGACAAAACCACUUCUACUGGGGACAGAGCUCGAUUUGCUCGGGUAUGCAUAGAAAUUGAUCUUUCAAAGCCAUUGAGAGGAGAGUAUAUCCUGGAUGGCUGCCGAAAAAGAGUUGAAUAUGAGGGGCUUUUUUUAAUAUGUCUCAAAUGUGGAAGAUAUGGCCAUAAUUUGGACUCUUGUCCGGAUUUUGUUAAGCCAGCUACGGUACCCAGAGCUGAUGGGGUGCAGGUUCAACCAGUGGUGAAGGCUGGAUCUCAAGGGGUAUGUGAGUGGAUGGUGGUUCAAAGAAGAAGGAAAGGUCCCCAGAAUGGCUAG